UAUAAAAAAAAGCUGCAAAUCCUUUGUUCCUAUGUAAAUACUAAAAAACAAAAUUAAAAUCACUUUGCUCUCAAUUCUUCUUAAAAAAAAAAACCCAAUCCAAAAGAUAACCUUCUCUACUAAACUAUGGCCUUUCAUCCAAACAACAACCACCAUAAUCUGUCACAAGAAAUAGUGUUGCAACAACAACAUUUCUCGGAGGAUGAUGACACCGACAACAAUUCGGUCCUCCGUACAAUUCAUCUUCCCGACCACCAAGGAAAAGACCAUUGGCUUAACACCGCAAUUCUCCGCCAACAAACCAAUAACAACCAUCAUCCUCAUCUGGUAAGCUUGCAAACCAACGUUGACUCUCCAAAAUCAAACAAUACUACUUCAACUUCAACUCAACAACAACAACAUAAUAAUAAUAAUCAGUGGCUAUCUAGAUCCAUGAUGUUGCAAAGGAACAACAACGUGAGUGACAACAGAGAAAACGACCUCGAUUCUCCUACUUCUUCAAUUCUUCCUCCUACAACUGAUCAUUUCACUACUCACUCUAGAAACAACAUCCUUGCCCCCCACCAGGUGGAUAACAAUCAUGGAGGAGGGGUUGAGAUAGGGGAGAGUGAUAUGGGCGGUGGUGGUGGUGGUAGCGUUGAUGGCGGCGGUGAUGUGUCGGCGAUGAACUGGCAAAAUGCUAGGUACAAGGCGGAGGUGUUAUCACAUCCGUUGUAUGAGCAGUUGUUGUCGGCUCAUGUGUCUUGUUUGAGAAUUGCAACGCCUGUGGAUCAGUUGCCGAGGAUUGAUGCACAGCUUGCGCAAUCGCAGAAUGUGGUAUCAAAGUAUUCGAGUCUUGCUGGACAUGGUAAUAUUGGUGAUGAUAAGGAGCUUGAUCAGUUCAUGACUCAUUAUGUACUAUUGCUUUGUUCUUUCAAAGAACAAUUACAACAACAUGUUCGGGUUCAUGCAAUGGAAGCUGUUAUGGCGUGUUGGGAGAUUGAGCAGUCGUUACAAAGUUUAACAGGAGUGUCACCUGGAGAAGGGACAGGUGCGACAAUGUCAGAUGAUGAUGAAGAUCAAGUUGAAAUUGAUGCCAAUUUGUAUGAUGGGGGUCUUGAUGGAAAUGAUAGCAUGGGAUUCGGCCUUCCAACUGAGAGUGAGAGGUCAUUGAUGGAGCGUGUGAGGCAAGAGCUAAAGCACGAGUUGAAGCAGGGUUACAAGGAGAAGAUUGUGGACAUUAGGGAGGAGAUUCUUCGUAAAAGAAGGGCAGGGAAGCUACCAGGCGACACUACCUCUGUUUUAAAAUCGUGGUGGCAAUCACAUGCCAAAUGGCCAUACCCCACAGAAGAAGACAAGGCAAGAUUGGUACAAGAAACUGGCCUGCAGUUAAAACAGAUCAACAAUUGGUUUAUUAAUCAGAGGAAACGAAACUGGCACAGCAAUCCCUCUUCUUCAACUGUCUUGAAAAGUAAACGCAAAAGAAGCAAUGCAGGUGACAAAAACAGUGAUCAUCAUAACAUGUAAAUCCAGGAAUUAGCAAUGGAAAAGUGAUGUUGUAUGCCAUUGUGACAAAGGGGAAACAAGCUGCCGUCAAUGGACAAGAUGAAAUCAUGGGGCUCGGGGCGAUAUACUUAAAAAUUUCACUUUUGUAAGUCAUAUAUAUGACCCAAUCUGAAGUUUAAGAUACCCUUGUGUACUCAUGGUGUAUCUAUCAGUUUUGUGAUACUUCUCUGAAUAGUAUUAGUAUAGGGGGUUUAUGGUUUGUUGGGAAAGUAUAGAAUAAGAAAGCAUUUAAUGAUUAGUAAUGUAAGUGAUUUCCAAGUUUUUUGUACUAUGUUUAGAUGGAUACCGUAGCUAUUUUCUUUCAAUGUCAUUGUAAUUUUUUUUAA